UGUAGAUAUCUCUAUAAAAUCAAUGCCUUGGCCCCACUCUUCUUUCUCUAUCUUUGAAAUCGGGUCUUCCUUGAGCAAUGAAAGAAGUUGCUCUGAUAUGACCAACCCCUUUUUCCUUCUCUCUCUUUUCUCUUCACAGCCUUGUGGAAAGAUCGAAGAACCAAUCUGAUUCCGGUCGUAGAUCUCAAUUUCCUUGAAGAUCAUGAUUGAUCCGGAGCAAAAAGGUAGGAAGAUGCAAAGGAACGCCGAGGCAUCCCUCAGAUGCCUCCCAAGUAAGGCAUUCCAUUACAAUAUGCAAGAUAGCAGAACUACAGUAGAAGGGUUUCCUGAGCUCAAGGAUGAAAUAAGUGCCCAUCCAGGUGGUAUGGUGGAAGCAGACAACUCAUUCAACAGUGAAACUUUUCUACCUCCAAAUGAAGGCUAUAAUAGGCCUAUGUACCGACAAGACUACUGCAUGUGGUCGACCUUUCAUCCUGAUUUCCAAAACAUGCAGCAAAAUCAAUGGAAUGCAUUCGAGAAUCAUAUCUAUCCAAUGAAUCGGGAAAUCCCGUUUUCCGUGGAGAACAGGAUUCAGUAUGUGCCCGUCAAGAUGUUUUCUCAAGCGUACCCACAUGACUAUCAGUUCCAAGAAUUUCAGUACUUUGUGGUCAUUGACUUUGAGGCAACUUGUGACAAGGAAAGGAAUCCUCAUCCGCAAGAGAUUAUUGAGUUCCCAUCUGUUUUAGUGAAUAGCGUGACUGGGCAGCUGGAAGCAUCUUUUCAGACUUAUGUCCGGCCGAUAUACCAUCAACAUCUGAGUGACUUCUGCAAGGAACUUACGGGCAUCCAGCAAAUUCAGGUGGACACGGGGGUUCCUCUGAGUGAAGCUCUACUCAUGCAUGACAAAUGGUUGGAGGACAAGGGUAUCAAGCACACAAACUUUGCUGUGGUUACAUGGUCCAACUGGGAUUGCCGUGUGAUGUUAGAAUCGGAAUGCAGAUUCAAGAGGAUCCGGAAGCCUCCUUACUUCAAUAGGUGGAUCAACUUAAAGGUUCCAUUCCACGAGGUGUUUGGCGGGGUCCGCUGCAAUCUCAAGGAGGCGGUCCAGCUGGCUGGCCUGGCGUGGGUGGGCCGCGCACACUGUGGCCUGGAUGACGCCCGGAACACGGCCCGCCUCCUCACCCACCUCAUGCACCGGGGCUUCCGCUUCUCCAUUACCAACUCCCUCAUGUGGCCAUCUGCAGACCGCCCACUGGCAUGGCAGCAAUCCCCCGACCGCCUGUCGGGCCCUGUCACCACCAUUGCCACCCCCCACAACCACCACCACCACCACCUCAAGCUGAAACAACCGCCGCCCAUCAUCCAGUUUCACCCCAACAUAGACCCCACUGACACCAAGGAGCGGAGGACUUACUGCUUCUGCGGGGCCAAGAGCAGCAAACGGAUGAUACGGAAGCCGGGUCCGAAGCAUGGCAGCUACUUCUUUGGGUGUGGGAAUUGGACAGCCACAAGGGGUGCUCUCUGCACUUACUUUGAGUUGGCCCCUUCAUCUCCUUAGCCCAAUCUUAUCUCCAACAAAAGCUCAGCAAUCUUCUCUGUAUAAAGAAAGGAAAAAAAAAAAACAAAAC